AUAAAAACACCCAAAUCACCCGACCCUCCAAAACUUCUCGUGUUCGAAGUGUGGAAUCGUUGAAAAGAAAAAAAGAAAGGGCAAAAAUACAAACCACUACUGAUACGAGUGUGAGUGUAGCCCUCUCAAAGCCUUGGAAUUCAGCUCUCUAAUCUCGUUUUUCUUGUUGGGAGAGAAGAUUUUGUCUUGGUGUACUGCUUCUGCUGCUGUAAGUUAUGGGGGAGGGAGAUACUAUAUCUGAAUUGCCGGAGUCGACUGUGAAUGGUAAUGCAGCUCCGGAGGAAAAGAGUGAAGCUUGUGUGGAGAAGAAGGACACUGGGGACAGUGGUGUAAAGGAGAUGGAGGAAGAUAGUAAGCAGGAGAGUGAAAAGGUGGAUGCUGAUAAAAUGGAUGUAGAUGAAGAACAGGUGAAGGAAAACGAGGAAAGCAAAGAUGAAGAAGGAAAAGAAGAAAAGGGAGAUGAGGAAGAAAAAGUGGAGGAUGAGAAAUUGGAGGACAAGGGUGAGGCAAUGGAUGAAGAGGAAGCUGUGGAAAAACUGGAUGAAGAGGAAGCUGAGGAAAAACCGGAUGAGGAUGAGGAUAAGGUUGAAAAAGAGGCUGAUGCAGUGAAAGAGGAAAAAGAACAGGAUACUGCGGAAGAGCCUACUGCUGGGAAAGGGUCAAAGAAGAAUGCUAAAUCAAAAAGCAAUUCUGUGGAGAAAGACAAAAAGAAGAAAAAGGCAGUGGAAGCCAAGAAGGAGAAGGAACCGAGAACUCCCAUGGCACCUACUAUUGACCGUCCUGUUCGUGAACGAAAAUCAGUUGAAAGACUAGUUGCAUCCAUUGAGAAAGAUGCUGUCAAGGAAUUCCGUGUCGAAAAGGGUCGUGGAACUGCACUGAAGGACAUACCAAAUGUGGCAUAUAAAUUAUCCAGAAAGAAGACUGAGGAUUCAUUCAAGAUGCUACAUUCAAUACUCUUUGGAAGGAGAGGAAAGGCAGCUCAAUUUAAGAAUCACUUGUCUCGGUUUUCUGGCUUUGUGUGGCAUGACAAUGAGGAAAAGCAAAGGAUGAAGGUUAAAGAAAAAUUUGACAAGUGUGUAAAAGAGAAAUUGUUGGAAUUCUGUGAUAUACUUGACAUACCUGUUGCCAAGGCUACAUCAAAGAAGGAAGAUGUACUUGUAAAGUUGAUGGAAUUUUUGGAGGCACCUCAUGCUACAACUUCUGAACUGCUUGCUGAAAAAGAGCAGUCAAGCAAGGGAAAGCGUAAGAGGGCUAGCAAUAAAAGUGGAUCCUCUGCUUCUGGAAGUUCAAAAGGUUCAGCUAAGAGUCGCAAGACUGAGAGUGCAUCUAAGAAGGGUGAGAAGAAGGACAUACAUGAAUCAGAAAAUGAGUCAGAGGAAGAACCAGAACAUGAAGAAAAAGCUAAUGGUGUUUCUGACAGAUCAGACGAUGAGAUGUCAGACCAUGCUGACAGUGAUAAGAAAGAUGAUGAUUCCGAAGAUGAGCCUGAGGAGGUUAAGAAAAAGAAACCAAAGGCAAAGAAAUCAGUACCAAAGGAAUCUGAAGAUGAGUCUGAGGAAGAAAAGAAAAGUGAAGAACGUAAGCCAAAGAAGUCAGCAUUAAAAGAGUCCGAUGACGAAUCUGAAGAAGAAGAGAAACCUAAGAAAAAACAGAUCUCUAAGAAAUCAUCAUCAAAGAAGGAAUCUGCUGGAAAAUCUAAGACCAAAAAUUCUGCUACCCCAAAAAAGUCUGCCCCACCCCCCAAAAAGACUCCCACAAAGACAUCCAGUCAUCCUAAAGUUAAUGAUGGUGAUGAUGCAAGUCCAAAAGCAUCCUCAAAGAAGAAAAAGACUGAAGCAGCAAAAGAAAAAUCCUCAAAUUCAAAGAAGCCUGCUCCUAAAGAAACUAAAGGGAAAAAGGUUGUGAAGGCAAAGGAUCAACCCAAGGAAGAUAAAAUAAAGCCAACUGAUGAUGAGCUAAGAGAAUCAAUUUGUGAAAUCCUUAAAGAAGUUGAUUUCAACACGGCUACCUUCACAGACAUUCUAAAGCAACUCGCCAAGCAGUAUGAUACAGACCUUGCACCCAGAAAAGCAUCGAUAAAACGUAUGAUCCAGGAUGAGCUUACUAAACUAGCAGAUGAAGGAGAUGACGAGGAAGAUGAUGCUAAUGCUGUAAAAGAUGAAAUGCAGGCUUCUUCUUGUCAAGGUGCGGAGACCUGAAAAUGUGUCUCCCACAUGUUGUGUAAUGUUGUCCCCUCCCCUGUUAAAUUAGGCAACUGUAUUUUCUAACUAGCGGGUUCCAUUCCAUAAUCAGAAGAUUGUAAACUUGGGUUGACUAGGAAAUCCAUCCAGAGGUAGAAGUACUUGAGCUUAUUAUAGUGCAAGGAUUUCAGCUUCUGUAGGGUCUAGAAAUGUGUAGGAGAUGAUAUUUUGUUUUUAAAUUUUAUUAGCAGAGAGAGAGAAGAGCAUUUACAGACUAUAAAGUGUUGCUGCUCCCAACAUUUAUGAUGGCUCAACAAACCCCCCCUUGUAUUUUGCAAAUGCUGUAAUAAUCAGGAUAUCCACCCUUACUCUUGAAGUUCCCUAGCUAGAUUAAUGCAGCAUAAUGCAUGUUUGGAUUGAUCAUA